UCAGUGUAUUUCCGAAUGUCCGAGGAAUGGGGAUGUCCGAGAACCGGUAUCGACUUGCGCGUACGAAAAUUACCCAAGGAAGUCUCGUUUAAAGAUCAGCCGAAGAAUCAGUGCUUUAUCAAGGAAGAACCGAUAAGCAGCGACGAACUCCGUCCAGAAAUUCCAAGCAAUUGCGUGUCGAAGAACGAGGAGGAGAUGUCCGACCCUUUGGCGUUGCCGAAAAUUCAAGCGUUCUAUCAGUGCGGGGUGUGCAAUAAGCUGUACAAGAUGAGAUACCGUUACGAGAGACAUUUGGUCGCGCACAGCGACGCUCGUCCCUAUCAAUGCAACGUUUGCGAGAAGUUCUUCAAGACGAAAGACGUGUUGAAGAGCCACAAGAGGAUGCACACCGGCGAGAAGAAGCACGUCUGCGACGUGUGUGGACACGCGUGCUCGGACAACUCUCAGUUGGCCACGCAUCGGAGACGCCAUUUUGGAAAGUACACCCACUUCUGCGAAGUCUGUAACAAGGGAUUCUACACGAAAUGCGAGCUCCGCGAUCACACGAACGUGAAACACGGCGGCAACCAAUACGUCUGUAAAUUGUGCAACAGGUCCUGCCCGAAUAACUACAUGCUGGCGAAGCAUAUGAAGACCCAUGACCCGAACUUCAACCCCAUCAAGUACCAGUGCGAGAUUUGUGGUAAAACGUUCAUCUGCAAGAACUCGUUGGUGCUACACGUGAAGGGCCACAUGGGCGAGAACAAACACGAGUGCCAUCUCUGUGGUAAAACGGUCAAGUCCAAAAAUUCUCUUCGGAGUCACCUGCUAAUUCAUAGCGGAGAGAAAACGUUUCGCUGUGAUGUGUGUGGGAAGGCUUUUAGCAGGAGCUCCACCCUGGUCACUCACAAGAGGACGCACACCGGAGAGAAACCGUACAAGUGCGACACAUGCGGAAAAUCCUUCACACAACGACCGACUUUAGUCAUUCACAAACGAUAUCAUACGGGACAGAGACCUUACGAGUGCGAUCAUUGCAGUAAAUCGUUCGUUUCUAAGUCGGCCUUGAACGCUCACAUGAAAGUACACCCCGUUAACGCUACGAUCGAGUCUGAGUGAUCUGUUCAGAGG